CGCUCUUCAGCACUCAUUCUGUGUCUGUUUCCAGCAUGGCGAUGAGGGAAUCCGCCGUGCUUUCACUCUGCAUCCUGAUCGCAGUGACUUUACAAAACAGCGUCAAAGCAGAGGAUGCAGGACCUGUCUUGCAAACCAAUUCUGGAGCCCUCAAAGGUCUACAGAUGAAAGCAAGGGGAAAAGACACCGUUAUCCAUUCGUACUUGGGCAUCCCCUUUGCCAAGCCACCCGUGGGUCCACUAAGACUGGCUCCACCACAGCCUGCAGAGAAAUGGGACGGAGUGAGGGACGCUACAAAACAGCCGUUAAUGUGUCUUCAGGACAGGCCGUUACUCGAAGACUUGGUAGCCAAUUUAUCUGCAAAAGUAGACAUGGUGGAUUCAGCAGAAGACUGCCUUUACCUCAAUGUCUACACACCGUCUAAGCCCGGAGGAAAUGACAAGCUGCCUGUUAUGGUGUGGAUCCAUGGCGGAGGUUUCAUGAUGGCUUCGGCAUCCUUGUUUGACGGACAUGUUCUGGCUGCUUAUCAGGAUGUCGUUGUGGUCGUGAUACAAUACAGACUCGGCCUGCUUGGAUUUUUCAGUACCGGAGACGAGCAUGCGCCAGGAAACUAUGGUCUUCUGGAUCAAGUAGCUGCGCUUCAGUGGGUUCAGGAGAACAUCCACAGCUUCGGCGGAGAUCCUGGAUCAGUGACCAUCUUUGGAGAGUCUGCUGGAGGAAUCAGUGUGUCUUUACAUGUUCUGUCUCCUUUGUCUGCAAACCUCUUCCAUCGCGCUAUCGCAGAGAGCGGUACAGCUGCAAUGGAGGCAAUAAUGAAUCUCAACCCACUGCCUAUCGCUCAGGCUAUAGGAAAUGCAUCUGGCUGUGAUAUUUCCAGCACAAAGAAGAUUGUCGACUGUCUGAUGCAGAAGUCAGAAGUGGACAUACUAAAGAUUACAAAGGAGAAUCCCCUGUUUCGCUUUGGAGUGACGACCGAUGGCCAGUUUCUUCCAAGACCUGCAGCAGAGCUUCUUCAGUCGCAGCAGUUUAACAAAGUGCCUCUGAUGACUGGAGUCACUGAUGAUGAGAUUGGAUUUCUGCUGCCUGCUCACAUUUUACCUCCAGAUUGGAUCGAUGGGCUCGACCUAGAGACAAUUUUGCCACUUUUGACUGUGUUCAGUCCUGCUCUUCAAGAUCAGUCAGUUCUUGAGCUUCUUUUAAAUGAGUAUCUGGGCACAUCGCCUGACAGGAUCAAGAUUCGAGACGGUUUUCGAGAGAUGUUAGGAGACUUUAUGUUCAACUUCCCAGCUCGACAAACGGCAAGUUACCACAGAGAUGCGGGCGCACCGGUGUACCUGUAUGAAUUCUGUCAUCCCCCCAGUGUACUUCAGAAGAAAAGACCAAGUUUUUCUGGAAGCGACCAUGGAGAUGAAAUUGUGUUUGUUUUCGGCUACUGCUUUUCAGAAGGACCUAUAGGGAUGGCAGAGAAACUCUCAGAUGAAGAAGAUGAACUCUGCAGAACCAUCAUGGCUUACUGGGGAAACUUUGCUCAUACUGGGAAUCCCAAUGGUCCAGGUCUCACAUCGUGGCCUGAAUUUGGAGAUGAAGCCGAAUAUCUCAGUAUUGGAUUGGACCAGAAAGCCAGCACUGACCUGAAGGGAAAACACUUCACUUUCAUGACCCAAACUCUUCCGAGGAUAAUAAGUGAGCGAAAGGAAGGACCUGUAGUAAACACCAAAUUAGGAUCUCUAAAAGGUUCCUUUAUGACUGCGAAGGGUAAGGAUUCGGUCAUCAGUAGCUAUUUUGCUAUACCGUUUGCUAAGCCUCCGGUGGGUCCUUUGAGGUUGACUCCACCACAGCCUGCAGACGCAUGGCAAGGAGUGAGAGAUGCCACCAAACAGCCGCCCAUGUGUCUACAGCCAAGGGAGAUUAUUGUUGACUUGCUAGCUGCUACGCCUAUGAAAACAGAGUUCCCAGAAGUAUCAGAGGACUGUCUUUACCUCAACAUUUACACUCCUUCCAAACCUGGAGACGGCCAAAAGUUACCUGUCAUGGUUUGGAUUCAUGGUGGAGGUUUGGCUUUUGGAUCUGCUUCCAUGUUUGAUGGACAUGCUUUGGCUGCUUAUCAAGAUGUAGUGGUGGUCAUGGUCCAGUACAGGCUUGGCCUGCUUGGAUUUUUCAGCACCGGAGACGAGCAUGCUCCAGGAAACUAUGGUCUUCUGGAUCAGGUAGCUGCGCUUCAGUGGGUUCAGGAGAACAUCCACAGCUUUGGUGGAGAUCCUGGAUCAGUGACCAUCUUUGGAGAGUCUGCCGGAGGAGUCAGUGUGUCUUUACUUGUUCUUUCUCCCUUAUCUGCCAACUUGUUUCAUCGUGCAAUCGCAGAGAGCGGUACGGCAGCAAUGAACGCUCUGAUGAGCCCCUACCCACUGUCAACAGCCCAAUCUUUAGGAAACGUGUCUGGCUGUGAUAUUUCCAGCACAAAGAAGAUUGUUGACUGUGUUAUGCAGAUGACCGAAGAGGACAUAUUGAAGAUUGCUAGGGAGCAAGUACUUUAUCGUUUUGGAGUGACCGUUGACGGCCAGUUCCUUCCAAAAUCUGUGGAUGAGCUUCUUCAGUCUCUGGAGUUUAGCAAAGUGCCUUUGAUGACUGGAGUUACUGAUGAUGAUGGUGGAUUUACUCUACCUGAUAUCAUGGCACCCCCAGGAUGGAGAGAUGGGAUGACCAAAGAGCAGAUCGUGCCAUUUUUGCCUUCAUACAACUAUGAUCUUCAGGAUCAAGGACUUGCUGAGAUUGUUUUAAAAGAAUAUCUGGGCGCAACCACUGACAAGAUCGAAAUCCGAGAUGGUUUUCGAGAGAUAAUAGGGGACUUCUUUUUCAACCUCCCAGCCCGCAAAAUUGCAAAUCACCACAGAGAUACUGGAGCACCAGUGUACAUGUAUGAAUUCCAGCACCCAGCCUAUAUAUUUCAAAACAAAAGACCCAGCUUUGUUGGAUGUGACCACACAGAUGAACUUGUAUUUGUUUUUGGUUAUUGUUUUGGAAAUGGACAUAUAAAGUUGGAAGGUGAACUCUCAAAGGAGGAACAUGAACUUUGUAAAACUACCAUGGCUUACUGGGGAAACUUUGCUCGCACUGGGAAUCCGAAUGGUCCAGGCCUCGUAGAGUGGCCAAAAUAUGGAGCUGAAGCUGAGUAUCUCGGCAUUGGACUGGAACAGAAAUCCAGCAAAAACUUUAAGGGAAAUCACUUUCAUUUCAUGACUGAAAAACUCCCGCAGAUCAUAAAAGAGUGGAAGGAAGGACCUGUAGUAAACACCAAAUUAGGAUCUCUAAGAGGUUCCUACAUGAUGGCGAAGGGCAAGGAUUCGGUCAUCAGUAGCUAUUUAGCUAUACCCUUUGCUAAGCCUCCGGUGGGUCCUUUGAGGUUGACUCCACCACAGCCUGCAGGCGCAUGGCAAGGAGUGAGAGAUGCCACCAAACAGCCGCCCAUGUGUCUCCAGACAAGGGAGGUUAUGGUUGACUUGCUAGCUACUAUGCCUUUGAAAAUGGAGUUCCCAGAAGUAUCAGAGGACUGUCUUUACCUCAACAUUUACACUCCUACCAAACCUGGAGACGGCCAAAAGUUACCUGUCAUGGUUUGGAUUCAUGGCGGAGGUUUGGCUUUUGGAUCUGCUUCCAUGUUUGAUGGACAUGCUUUGGCUGCUUAUCAAGAUGUAGUGGUGGUCAUGGUCCAGUACAGGCUUGGCCUGCUUGGAUUUUUCAGCACCGGAGACGAGCAUGCUCCAGGAAACUAUGGUCUUCUGGAUCAAGUAGCUGCGCUUCAGUGGGUUCAGGAGAACAUCCACAGCUUCGGCGGAGAUCCUGGAUCAGUGACCAUCUUUGGAGAGUCUGCCGGAGGAGUCAGUGCGUCUUUACUUGUUCUUUCUCCGUUAUCUGCCAACCUGUUUCAUCGUGCAAUCGCAGAGAGCGGUACGGCAGCAAUGAAUGCUAUAAUGAGCCCCUACCCACUGCCAACAGCGCAAUCUUUAGGAAACGUGUCUGGCUGUGAUAUUUCCAGCACAAAGAAGAUUGUUGACUGUGUUAUGCAGAUGACCGAAGAGGACAUAUUGAAGAUUGCUAGGGAGCAACUAUUUCUUCUUUUUGGAGUGACCGUUGACGGCCAGUUCCUUCCGAAAUCUGUGGAUGAGCUUCUUCAGUCUCAAGAGUUUAGCAAAGUGCCUCUGAUGACUGGAGUUACUGACGAUGAUGGUGGAUUUACUCUACCUGAUAUCAUGGCACCCCCAGGAUGGAGAGAUGGAAUGACCAAAGAUCAGAUUGUGCCAUUUUUGCCUUCAUAUAAUUAUGAUCUUCAGGAUCAAGGACUUGCUGAGAUUGUUUUAAAAGAAUAUCUGGGCGCAACCACCGACAAGAUCAAAAUCCGAGAUGGUUUUCGAGAGAUAAUAGGGGACUUCUUUUUCAACCUUCCAGCUCGCAAAUUAGCGAAUUACCAUCGAGAUACUGGUGCACCAGUGUACAUGUAUGAAUUCCAGCAUCCUGCCUAUAUAUUUCAAAACAAAAGACCCAGCUUUGUUGGAUGUGACCAUGGGGAUGAACUUUUAUUUGUUUUUGGUUAUUGCUUUGGAAAUGGACAUAUGAAGGUGGAAGGUGAACUCUCAAAGGAAGAACAUGAACUUUGUAAAACUACCAUGGCUUACUGGGGAAACUUUGCUCGCACUGGGAAUCCGAAUGGUCCAGGCCUCGUAGAGUGGCCGAAAUAUGGAGCUGAAGCCGAGUAUCUCGGCAUUGGACUGGAACAGAAAUUCAGCAAAAACUUUAAGGGAAAUCACUUUCAUUUCAUGACUGAAAAGCUCCCGCAGAUCAUAAAAGAGUGGAAGGAAGGACCUGUAGUAAACACCAAAUUAGGAUCUCUAAGAGGUUCCUACGUGAUGGCGAAGGGCAAGGAUUCGGUCAUUAGUAGCUAUUUUGCUGUACCAUUUGCUAAGCCUCCAGUAGGUCCUUUGAGGUUGACUCCACCACAGCCUGCAGUCGCAUGGCAAGGAGUGAGAGAUGCCACCAAACAGCCGCCCAUGUGUCUCCAGCCAAGGGAGAAAGUUUUAGAACUGUUAAAUAAUAUUUCAAUGAGUACUGAUGUCCCUGAAGUAUCAGAGGAUUGUCUUUACCUCAAUAUUUACACUCCUUCCAAAUCUGGAGACAACAAAAAGUUACCUGUCAUGGUUUGGAUUCACGGUGGGGGUUUAAUUUUGGGAUCUGCUUCCAUUUAUGAUGGACAUGCUUUGGCUGCUUAUCAAGAUGUAGUGGUAGUCGAGAUCCAGUACAGACUUGGCCUACUUGGAUUUUUCAGCACCGGAGACGAGCAUGCGCCAGGAAACUAUGGUCUUCUGGAUCAGGUAGCUGCGCUUCAGUGGGUUCAGGAAAACAUCCACAGCUUUGGUGGAGAUCCUGGAUCAGUGACCAUCUUUGGAGAGUCUGCUGGAGGAGUCAGUUCAUCUUUACAUGUCCUUUCUCCAUUAUCUGCCAACUUGUUUCACCGUGCCAUUGCAGAAAGCGGUACAGCGGCAAUCUUUGGUGAACUGAUUCCCGACCCACUGCCAAUCGCUCAACUUUUAGGCAACACAUCUGGCUGUGAUAUUUCCAGCCCUAAGAAGAUUGUUGACUGUGUUAUGCAGAUGACCGAAGAGGACAUAUUGAAGAUUGCAAGGGAAGCACCAAACCUUCAUGGUGGAGUCACGGUUGACGGCCAGUUCCUUCCCAAGCCUGUGAAUGAACUUCUUAAGUCGAAAGAGUUUAACAAAGUGCCUCUGAUGAUUGGAGUUACUGAUGACGAUGGUGGCUUUACUCUAGCUAACAUGCAUGCACCCCCGGGAUGGAUAGAUGGAAUGGACAGAGAACAGGUCACAGCGUUUAUGCCAUUUGCCAUUUUUAAUUCAGAGUUUCAGGAUGAGGCGAUUGCUGAGUUUGUUUUAAAUGAGUAUCUGGGCACAUCUACGGACAGAAUCCAAAUCCGAGACACUUUUCGAGAGAUGAUGACGGACUUAUUUUUCAACAUCCCAGCUCGCAAACUAGCCAAUUACCACAGAGAUACUGGCGCACCAGUGUACUUGUAUGAAUUCCAGCAUCGUCCCAGCAUAUAUCAAAACAAAAGACCCAGUUUUGUUGGAUGUGACCACGGAGAUGAACUUUUAUUUGUUUUUGGUGACUGCUUUGCAAAUGGACACAUAAAGGUGGAAGGUGAAUUCUCCGAGGAAGAGAAUGAACUUUGUAGAACUACCAUGACUUACUGGGGAAAUUUUGCCCGCACUGGGUCUCCGAAUGGUCCAGGCCUCACAAAAUGGCCCGAAUUUGGAGCUGAAGCUGAGUAUCUCGCCAUUGGACUGGAACAGAAAGCCAGCAAAAACUUUAAGGGAAAUCACUUUCAUUAUGUGACCCAGGAACUUCCACAGAUAAUAAAAGAGUGGAAGGAAGGACCUGUAGUAGAAACAAAACUAGGAUCUCUGAGAGGUGCCUUCCUGACUGUGAAGGGCAAGGACACAAUAGUCAAUAGUUAUCUAGGUGUGCCAUUCGCCAAGCCGCCUGUAGGACGCCUGAGACUGGCUCGACCACAGCCUGCAGAGAAAUGGCAAGGAGUGAGAGAUGCCACCAAACAGCCACGGAUGUGCCUCCAGGAAAGGCAAAUGACCGUGACUGAACUGAAGUUUCUAUCGAUGGAUGUGGAGGUUCCUGAGGUCUCAGAGGACUGCCUGUAUCUCAACAUCUACACCCCAGUCAAACCCGGACAAGAAGACAAGAAGUUACCAGUCAUGGUUUGGAUUCAUGGUGGAGGACUUUCUCUUGGAUCAGCUUCAGUGUAUGAUGGCUCUGUUCUGGCUGCAUAUCAGGAUGUGGUCGUGGUGCUCAUUCAGUACAGAUUGGGUCUUCUGGGGUUCCUAAGCACCGGAGACGAGCAUGCACCAGGAAACUAUGGUCUUCUGGAUCAGGUAGCUGCGCUUCAGUGGGUUCAGGAGAACAUCCACAGCUUCGGUGGUGAUCCUGGAUCAGUGACCAUCUUUGGAGAGUCUGCUGGAGGAAUCAGUGUAUCCACGCUGAUUCUUUCCCCACUGGCGUCUGGACUGUUUCAUCGCGCCAUUGCAGAAAGUGGAACUGUCUUCUGGGAUGGUUUAGUCAUGGCUGAUCCUUUUCAGAGAGCCCAGGCUGCAGCCAAACAAUGCGACUGUGACAGCAGCAGUUCAGCAAGGAUUGUCGACUGUAUCAUGCACUGGUCUGAAGAGGAGGCUCUGGAAUGUUCCAUGAAGUUCCAGAUGAUGCACUUCUCCAUUGCUGUAGAUUCUUAUUUCCUUCCCAAACCCAUCGAGGAGAUCGUUGAGCAACAACAGUUCAGUAAAGUUCCUCUCAUCAACGGCAUUAACAACGACGAGUUUGGCUUCUUGUUGGCUGAAUAUUUCUUGGGUCCUGAAUGGAUAAAUGGCUUGAAAAGAGAGCAAAUCGCUGAAGCUUUGACGCUCACAUAUCCUGAUCCCAAGGAUCGAUGGAUCAUUGAUCUGGUGGCGAAGGAAUAUCUGGGCGACACACAGGACCCCAUUGAAAUCCGCGAUGUUUAUCGGGAGAUGAUGGGAGACGUGCUGUUUAACAUCCCUGCGCUACAACUGGCAAAAUACCACAGCGGCACAGGAGCUCCAGUGUAUCUGUAUGAGCUUCAGCAUCCGCCCAGCAUCAUCCAGAAGAAGAGGCCCAGCUUCGUGGGUGUGGACCAUGCUGAUGACCUCUACUUUAUCCAGGGCACCUGCUUCGCUAAAGCCCAUCUCAGAAUCAGCGCUCCUUUCACAGAAGAAGAAAACGAGCUCUGCAGGACUAUGAUGGCCUACUGGGGGAAUUUUGCACACACUGGGUCUCCCAAUGGUCCGGGUCUGACACACUGGCCUGAAUAUGAAAAUGAGAAUGAGUAUCUUGCCAUUGGACUGCAACAGAGACCUGGGAAAAACUUGAAGCACAAACACUUUGAGUUCAUGACCAAGACUCUUCCAGAACUCAUACGUCAAGGCAAAGGGAAAACCAAGCACUCAGAACUGUAAAAAUGACAAGACAAUUAACUGUGAUUAACUGUAAGAAUAUUACCAUGUGAAGAUCAAAUGAGCACUUUUAUUUUAACAUAUUUUGAUGGCAAUUUUAAAGAGCUUUGAACUUUAGUCGUCAGAUUGUAUUUUGAAAGAAAUAACGAAUGUUUUGCACUGAAAAAUAAAAGUCGUACACCACUCA